GGUCCGUCCCUGUCCCCGCCUCCAUCUCAGUCUCAGUCUCUGUCUCACUCUGCGGCCACUCGCUCCCGGCUGUCGUUCUGUGCAAAGAUCCUGUAGGAUCGUUGGUUCUGUGUCCAGGCUGCGGAGGAGAGGAGGAGGAGGAGAGGAGAGGAGAGGAGAGGCGGCGCGGCGUGUGGUCGGGCCCGGGCCCGGUGGGGAGAGAGGGGGAGGCGGCUGGACCAGGAGCGACAGCGCGUUGCUGAUGCAACCGGCUGGUGCACACACUGUCAAGUAAUUCACUUUAAAGAAAAUGUCAGCGAAUGACUGUGAAACGUCCACAGCCCCAAUGGAUUUGUAUGUGAAGGUGGCAGGGCAAGGAGACACAAUCCGAUUGCUGAAGUCAAACAAAGCACCAAAGGAUGAAAUUGAUGCUGCAGUAAAGGAACUGUUGACAUUGAAGCUGAAUUAUGAAGCAUUGACUGGAAAGGAAUACAAGGUUGGCGUGCCACCCACGAACUGCACCCCAACUAGCAGUGACAGCCCAGCUCCAGCAGAGGAUGAUGGUGACUAUGUGGACCCAUGGAACGUGCAGACAUCCAGUGCCAAGGGGGUGGACUACGACAAGUUGAUUGUUCGGUUUGGAAGUAGCAAAAUUGAUCAGGAGUUGAUCGAUCGAUUAGAACAACUCGCUGGUCAAAAGGCUCAUCACUUUCUUCGUCGAGGAAUCUUCUUUUCUCAUCGAGAUAUGCAGCAGAUCCUUGACGCCUUUGAAACAAAGAAAUCCUUUUACCUGUAUACUGGUCGGGGUCCUUCUUCAGAGGCCAUGCAUAUGGGUCAUCUUAUUCCAUUCAUCUUCACAAAGUGGCUGCAAGAUGUUUUCAAUGUACCUCUUGUAAUUCAGUUGACCGAUGAUGAGAAAUACCUGUGGAAAGACAUAACGCUAGAACAAGCCUACAAAUAUGCUUUAGAGAAUACUAAAGACAUCAUUGCUUGUGGCUUUGAUGUGAAUAAAACCUUCAUCUUCUCCGAUCUGGAUUACAUGGGGCAAAGCCCAGGAUUCUAUCAAAAUGUGGUUAAAAUACAGAAACAUGUUACUUUUAAUCAAGUGAAGGGAAUCUUUGGCUUUGGAGAUAGUGACUGUAUAGGAAAGAUCAGUUUCCCUGCAAUACAGGCUGCUCCGUCGUUCAGCUCCUCAUUUCCACAAAUCUUUAAUGGAAGAAAGGAUAUUCAGUGUCUUAUUCCUUGUGCCAUUGACCAGGACCCUUAUUUUCGGAUGACACGAGAUGUAGCUCCAAGAAUUGGUUACUCUAAGCCAGCACUGUUGCACUCCAGCUUCUUCCCUGCACUACAAGGAGCACAGACGAAGAUGAGUGCCAGUGACCCUAACUCUUCCAUCUUCCUCACAGACACCCCGAAACAGAUCAAAACUAAGAUCAACAAGCAUGCUUUCUCAGGAGGUAAAGAUACUAUUGAGGAGCAUCAGCGCCUUGGUGGCAAUUGGGAAGUGGAUGUAUCUUAUAUGUACUUGAGCUUUUUCCUAGAAGAUGAUGAGGCACUAGACAAGAUAAAACAGGAUUAUUCAAGUGGAAAACUACUCACUGGAGAACUGAAGAAAAUUCUGAUUCAAACACUGCAGCCGAUCAUAGCAGAACACCAAGCACGACGCAAGAAAGUGACUGAUGAAGAGGUGAAACAGUUCAUGACUCCUCGAAAACUGGCAUAUGACUUUUGAUGACAUGUUUCAAAAUUCACGAUAUAAAUGGAGAAUCAAGUUAUGGUUCAUUUGCUUAAAUCUUAACAUUAUGUUGAGGUAAUGUGUAUCAUGAUUAUGGGCAAAUAAUUCAUAAUAUAAAAAAAUGCCACUAAUUUAUAAACCUA